AGUCUCUUCAGAAAGGCUCAGUCCCCUGUUUGAGUCAGAUCUAGGGACCAUGCCGUUCCAGGUUCAAGGAUAAAACCCAUCAGGCCCAAGUGCCAUCAUAUUCCACCUUCAGCGUCUUCCUCCACAAUUGGGAUUCACCCCUGCUGAAAAUCGCAGCCUGACAGCAAGGGGACAAAAAACUAUGCUAUCACAUAGCGCCAUGGUGAAGCAAAGGAAACAGCAAGCAUCAGCCAUCACAAAGGAAAUCCAUGGACAUGAUGUCGACGGCAUGGACCUGGGCAAAAAAGUUAGCAUCCCCAGAGACAUCAUGAUAGAAGAAUUGUCCCAUUUCAGUAAUCGUGGUGCCAGACUGUUUAAGAUGCGUCAAAGAAGAUCUGACAAAUACACCUUUGAAAAUUUCCAGUAUGAAACUAAAGCACAAAUAAAUCACAAUAUUGCCAUGCAGAAUGGGAGAAUUGAUGGAAGCAACCUGGAAGGUGGCUCACAGCAAGGCCCCUCAACUCCUCCCAACACUCCAGAUCCACGAAGCCCCCCAAAUCCAGAGAACAUUGCACCAGGAUAUUCUGGACCACUGAAGGAAAUCCCUCCUGAAAGAUUUAACACGACGGCCGUUCCUAAGUACUACCAGUCUCCCUGGGAGCAGGCCAUUGGCAGCGAUCCGGAGCUCCUGGAGGCUUUGUACCCGAAACUUUUCAAGCCUGAAGGAAAGGCAGAACUGCCCGAUUACAGGAGCUUUAACAGGGUUGCUACUCCAUUUGGAGGUUUUGAAAAAGCAUCAAAAAUGGUUAAAUUCAAAGUUCCAGAUUUUGAACUACUGUUGCUGACAGAUCCCAGGUUCUUGGCCUUCGCCAAUCCUCUUUCAGGCAGACGAUGUUUUAAUAGGACACCAAAGGGGUGGGUUUCGGAGAAUAUUCCUGUUGUGAUAACAACGGAGCCUACAGAAGAUGCCACUGUACCAGAAUCAGAUGACCUGUGAAUAGGAAGCUGGGCACGCCACAGAAAGUUCUGCAUAUAAAAGCUGCUGUUGGUCUACUUAGUAGCAAUGCCAUUUGAGUUCCCUGUUACUAUAGCCAUUCAAUAGCAGUUACGUACAUUUCAUUUUAUGGCAUCUAAUUUGAACUGAACAAUUAAAUUCUUGUUUAAAAAAAAACUUCUAA